GUUAACGUUUGUUUCUUCAGUGUCGUUUUUGGUGAACACCGACAACUUUUUUGUUCCCCUAGCAACAGACUGCAGCUAGCAACGGUGCUUGACAAACGUCAUAGCCAACGCCGGUUCAAUACCACGCAGUUGGCAGGCGUUCAGGUGAUUGUUACGGUGUGAGUAUGAAACACUACAAACAAUAAUAGUUUAACCCCAAGUUAGCCGCUAUAUCUGGCUGUCGUAGGGUUUCCUGAGCUGGGCGGUGCUAGCUAACGGCGAACAGGUCGGUAUCUUCAUCCAAAGAUGUCUCUUCAAGAGGCACCUCGUCCUUCUGAUGAAGAGGAGGCUUUCUACAUGCAGUGCAGAGCCGCAUACCUUGCUGUGUUCAAAUCUAGUUUGAGCAAUAUCUCUUCGAAACAGCAGUUAUGUCGUGUUCUCCAGCAGGCUGGUAGAAAUCCAUCCCAAGCAACUCUCAAUAAAUACUGGACCCCGAGAACAUCCAAACUGAACUUUGAUGACUUCUGUGAGAUUCUCAAGUGUGAGAAGAAAACGGAGGAAACGGAGUUGAUGAGAGCCUUCAAAAAGAUGGAUGUGAAUGGUGAUGGCUACAUCUCACAGAGUGAACUGGAGAAGGCCCUAACCACUAGAGGAGAGAAAAUGACCACUGAAGAGGUGAAUGCUAUUUUCUCAUUACUUGACAUCAACAAAGACGGCAAACUGGACUAUGCAGAAUUCUGCAGAUUGCUUGUGUCUACAGUAGAGCAGUGUGAGAUGGCUGUUUUGGAGAGGCUUGAGGCUAAUGCCAAGCUGAAGAGACAGAACUUUGGCAGUCAGUCAUACAGCCCUCCGAAGAGCUCCGUGUCAUCAGCAUCAUCAUCGGCAGCACAAGCGACAGCGACUCUCCCUCAGCCUCCGGAAACACCACGGGCAGACUCUGAUACAACACUCAAGAAAGACAGUCGAUCAUCCUCCCGUCCUUCUUCUGCUCGCAGCAGACGGUCGUCCCUGUCCAACCCAAUCACUAUGACAUCCAGCAGCACUAAGACCAGCAAAAUACAAGAACCCUCAGGCUUGCAGGAUUGGCAUCACAGUUAUGUGAAGGGCUGUUUCUUCUUGGAGGACGAUGGAAGUGUCAGUUCUCUGCAGUACCAGUUCCACAUCCCCCAGACAACCAACGUCUACCUAACCAUCCAACCACUCAGCCUCAGCCACAGACCUGACAAGCCUUCUUCAUGGAUGACAGUGGACACAGCCCUUUUUGUCAUGUCAGCUGGUGAAACCAAAGAGGACUCAACAUUAGUGUGUUUCACUGAGUCAAAAGACAAAGAAAAAUAUGUUUGGAAAGGAGAAUUGAACGCUGGAACUUACUACCUGCUUCCCUUCACUAGUGGUUGCAAACUAAAGAAAAAGAGCAAAAAGAGCCUUUCUAAUCAACCUGUAGAGCUUGUCUACAGGACUGACACUGGAGAACUAGACCUCACUAGAGAGCUCAGGGAGGUGCUGUCUGACAUAUUUGAGGUGAUAGACAUGGAUGGAAAUGGUUUGCUCAGUUUAGAGGAGUACAAUUUUUUUGAGCUGAGGACCAGUGGAGAGAAAUGUGAAAAGGAUGCCUGGGCUGUCUGCAAAGAAAACUUUGAUAUGAGAAAGAACCAGCUGACACGGCAGGGCUUCAUGGAGCUGAACCUGAUGGAGGCCACAGAGAAAGAUGGAGACCCUGCUGACCUUUGGGUCACCCUGGAAGCCAUGGGCUACAACCGAAUGCUGGAGCUCGUAGAGGCAUGUCCAUUCCAGAUAGAUGUACACUGUGAAGGCACUCAGCCAUCCAUCCAGCCAAUCAGUAUGGACUCAGGCCCCAAGCUUCUAAACCAGGGCCUCCAGAAGUCCAUCACAGCCAGGACAGGGGCCAAAGCACUGAGGGGACAAGACAACGUCUUCAUCUACAUUUACAGAGGAGAACACAGGAUCUCCUCCCUCAUAGCCAACAAGACCAACCAGAAAGUGACCGUCCAUGUAAACAAUGAGCAGAGCAGGAACUGCUGCAGCAGCCGAGGCAUGAGUGUGUUUGCUGUCGAGGUGCCAGCCAGGACUAAGAUGGUGUGCCAACACGUCCUGCCUAUCAAUGAGAGACAGGAUUGGACCUACAACUGUGUGGAGACCAUACUACCCUGCACGUAAACCUGUUGUCCCAUCAAGGAUUCAAAGCUCACCUAUACUAAUAAGACAGAAAAGUGAUGGGCCACAAUUAUUCAUAAAACAGUAAUAUAUGAAAACUGUUAUUACUGGUUGGACCAAAUGAUUGUGUAGUUUUACUCUAACUUUCAAGGUCCCAAAGGAACAGUUCCUCAUCAUUUCAGCUUUUAGAAGUCCACUGUCAUGUUCAAAGCUUACCUGUGUGUUUUGAAAAGCCUCAACCAGGAGCUGAGAGCCUCUGCCUGCUUGUGGCCAGCAGCUUGAUCAGGCCCACUUCAAGAAAGGUGUUUCAGAAGCUCAGUGAGUCUGUGCAUCACUGGAGUUAACCAUUGAUGGCAGCAAGAGAUGGUGACUGUAGUCAUAAAGCACAGCUGAUGAUGGUUGUUACUGUUUUUGUUGUGCCUUUGUAUGUGUGACAUGUUUUGGUUAUUGUGGAGAAUUUCUGCAAAAUUCUCUUAACUCUGACAACAUUUAAAGUGUAUACAAUGCAUAGAAGCUUUAAAGGCCCAGUGUGUAGGAUUUAGUAGGAAGCGUAGGAGAAACUACAGUGGUCACGAAACUCCUGAAAAAUGUGACAGGCCCUUGAGCCAGUGUUUUGUUAGUCCAUUCUGGGCUACUGUAGAAACGUGGCGGAUUAUACACUAAUGAAAACAUACCUAAAAUAUUUUGUUCCAUUUUUAACAGUAGAUUCUCCUAAAUGUUACAAAAUUAUACUUUACUAUUUAUUAUGUAUCAUUAAAGUAAAGGAGAGUAGAUUUAAUCAUGAAAAAAUAAAUCUCUAAAGAAGUUGUUUAAUGCUGUGUUAUUUUAUGUAACAGAAAUCUAAAUUUAAAAUGUAGCAUAUUAUUAUUCAUUAAGUUUCAGGUAGGUUGUCAUAAAACGUCCAGUCAGAAUUAAAUGAAAAGUGUCACAGUGUGCUGAGAUUUUAUUUUCUCUGUCCUUUUAUAUACUUUACUUUGAAAAACAUUUUAUCAUUGUCACUUUCCUCAUGUAUAUGUAAACAUUAUUAUUAUUAUAAUAUUCCUCUUACAUAUUUUUCUUAACUGAUAAAUCUUUGAUUUACACUUUUGAAUGCAACCCUUCAUAAUGCCCCCGAAUAAAGGCAGAUGCUCUCCAAUCAGAUCAGACAGGUUAACAGUGUUUGAAUUACCACAGUUCUUUCACCUCUCCUCAAAACACAGUAAUAGUUUUUGAUAAACAGACAUAUUUUGUCCUGUUAAUCAUCAAAUCAGUGCUUGCUGGGUAUUAUUUUUUAAUUAAACUGAAGGAUUGUACCAAAGUUCUUGCACUUACUGUCUGUUUCUGCCUGCAUGUGACAGUGUAGCUGUUGGUCACCACUCUCCAUACUCUUGAUACAGUAUGUUGCUGUGGGGAUUCUGUGUUGGCCAUGAAAUGCAUUCCUUUGCAUUGCGCUCAGGUCUAAACUUUAUUUGCCCUUGGCCUUUCAAGUUGAGAACAGUCUUGACCUCCUAUUUAUAUCUCUUAGGCCAUUAUUUGCCCUUUGACUUUCUCUGCUGAAACAGUAGAGCGAGCUAACUAAAUGUCACAUGGCAUGUGAGAUGUAUUUAAUGUCCUGAGCCCCUGUCUGCUCUUCCUUUCCCAACACAGAGGUUUAGUAACACUUGGCUGCUCAGGGGCUGUCGGGGCUUCAGGGGCUGUGAGCCAAUUUGAAUAUCUACUUUGUGAGACUGUCAUUCUGCAUUUAAAUUCAUUAUGCCAUGUGUUUUAAGAAGUACUUAAUGUUGUAUUCUUUUUUUUAUGCUGUAUGAUUUUAUAUGAUUUCAGAUACAAAAUAGUCUUCAUCAUUCAAAAAUGUAAAUAAUUUUGCAAUAAAAUGGAUUUGCCCCUAAAUCAACAGUGGCAAAAAUCUAUCAUCUGUCAAUAAUUAGUAAAAUAUGGUUUAACUAAUGCUAUAAAUAGAAAUAACAGAGUAAGAUGAUACUGCUUUUGGUAUGUACUCAGUAUAUUCUUCUCUUAAGGCUAUCGAGGGUAGUUUACCUCCACACACACACACACACACACACACACACACACACCCUCCACUGCCAUGAUGACAAGUCUGACGUUAAACUUUGUUCUACUUAUGAUAAUCAAACACACCGUGAUGCAACAGGCAAACAACAGUGGCCUGAACUAUUUCACAAUAUUCUCCCUCCUCAAACAGAGUGUUGUAUUUCCAUAUCUUUCUCUCUGAGUAAUUGUAAGGGCAAUUUUGUGAUAUUUAAAUUGUACUGACUUAUUAGAGAAUGUAUUAUUUCAUUUACUUGCUAUCUAGGUUUUCUAUCUGGUGUAAAGUUUUGAAAUACAAGCCAGGCAGUCAUUGACCCCUCAGUGGGACCUGACCUUAAGGGUACAAACGUCUGCUCAAGCAUGAAUAAAUAUGAUCCGUCAUUAGGAAACUGCUGGACACUGCAAUUCUCACUUACCAUGAGAGAUUUUAAGGGCCUCAAUGCUUUAAAGUUGGAUUCUCCUUUUGGGGAAUGUUGUUUUGCACCAUAUAGGCCAGAACUACCACUGGCAAUACUUUUCUUUCUUUUUUUAGUUUUUGUGAAUCUUGAGUUGUGAAACUUCAAAAUGUACAUGGUAGGAAUUUUAUAGGCUGAUUCCAGUAUUUUUAUACUGUAAUGUUGUUGGCAAUUUGUGUAAAAUGUUGUUAUAAACUAUUAAAUAUACUAUACAUGA